CUUCUUCUUCUUUCCUCCGGAAGAGAUACAGAGCAGAGAUCAAAAAGCCCACAACACAAACUUGAGAGUCGAGAAAAAAUGGCAGAUCGCAGUCAGACUCCUCCUCCGAGUAGCAAUCAGGAUUCGGACACAGACGCAAACAUCAGUAUUACAGUUAAGUUCGGCGGAAGAUCAAUACCUGUCGCUACGUCGCCGGACUCGUCGAUCAAAGAUGUCAAGUCCCUCCUCCAGCUCCUCACCAACGUCCUCCCUCGUGGGCAGAAGCUCAUUUUCAAAGGGAAGAUUUUGGACGAUUCGAUGACGUUGAGGGCAUCGGAGGUGAAGAGUGGGGCCAAGGUCAUGCUCAUGGCUUCCCAAGGGCUACAUCAAGGGGAAGGUCCCAUUUUGAAAGCAGCGCGAGCUCAGCCAAUUAUAAGGGGGACAAACCGUUCUUACGAUGUGGCAAAAGAAAAGGCUGCGGCUACUGUUGAUAAGACGCAUUUGGAACGGUGGAAAAUCACUGGAGUUGUUGCAUUGGCUGAACGCAAUCUGGAGUUCAUACCAGAUGAGGUGUGGGCUUGUGGACCUUCUACAAGGAUCCUCGAUAUCUCUAACAACUCUCUUGAAUGUGUGCCUCUACGAAUUGGUAGUUUGACUUCCAUGCAGAAGUUGCUCAUGAAUGCUAAUGGGUUAUCUGAUCAAUCCAUUAAUUGGGAAGGUCUAUCAUCUCUCAAGUUUCUGACAGUUCUAUCCAUGAAUCAAAAUGACUUAACAGCUCUUCCUCCUGCACUAGGUGCUAUAAGUUCUUUGAGGCAACUUUAUGUUGCUAACAACAAGCUAACUAGUCUUCCCAUGGAAAUAGGACAUUUGACUCAGCUCGAAGUGCUGAAGGUCAACAAUAACAGGAUAAGCACCCUGCCUACACAGAUUGGCGACUGCUUUUCCCUUGUAGAGGUUGACCUUUCGUCAAAUCUUUUGGCAGAACUGCCUGAGACUCUUGGCAACUUGCGAAACCUAAAGGCGUUGCACCUUAGUAACAAUGGGCUCAAAUCACUUCCUCGCAUGCUAUUUACUACAUGCAUCCAGCUCUCUACAUUGGACCUCCAUAACACAGAAAUCACGGUGGAUGUUCUCCGUCAGAUUGAAGGAUGGGAAGAUUUUGAUGAACGUCGGCGCUCGAAGCAUCAGAAACAACUAGAUUUUCGAGUUGUGGGCUCUGCUGAAUUCGAUGAGAGUGCUGAUAAAAAGUGAUGAUCCAAUUCUUGUGAUUUCAGGAAAUGGGGGAUUUCUAAUCUUGCUAGUCGACCAUCUUAAUGAUAUAAUGGAGUAUUGAUUUUCAUCAAAGGCAACAUCUUCCCGUGCAUGGAUUAUAUAUGACAGGCACACUAACAAAUGAAAGAUCUUCUAUCUUCAUAGCAACAAUUUUCUGUCGGGAUUUGUCUUGGCUCUUUGGCCUAUUUUGUUUAGUGUGAUCGUAUGGGAGUUGAAGAUGCACACUCCAAAGGAGAUAUUCUGUAGUAUAAUGUUAGGGCUUGUAAUGUUUCGCUUUAUAA